AACUCAAUUAUGAUUAAUCAAUUAUGUACAAGUCACAAUUGACAACAAGUAUUCUUAUUUUAAAAUUUACAUAUGUAUAUAUGUAUAUAUCUAGCCAAAAGAAAAUAAAUACAUCGCAAAAGAAAAUAGAGGUAGCAGAGGAUCCUGGAGGAGCUGGAGAGGGUAAGAACGCGAAGAAAGGAAAGCGAUUUACGAAAUACGACCUUGGCAAACGAUGGCAUCGUUUUCGUGUCUUAACACCGACCUCUUCGAUUCUACGUGGUUCCUUUGCGAUGAACGAUAUUCAUUUCAAAUUUAGAAGCCGUGGUCGUCAAGCAGCACCAUGUUCAGUCGUUGCAAUCGUUUAUGGUCGAUUAUUCGAGCCUAAAGAAUGGAUACAGGAUUACGUAGAUCAAGUUAUUGAGUACGGAGAUAAAUUAUUUCGCAUCAGUAUGAUGAGAAAUCGCGUGAAGGAAAACGAGUACAUGAAAGCUAUCCUGGUACAUCCAGAAUUCUAUAUCGGCAAUUAUAAGAUUUUAAUUUGCGUCGAGGAGACUGGUAUUUAUGGUAAUCUAUUUAGCGAGGCCGCAGGAUGUUCAGAUUUUGCCGACGGUGUAAUACAAUUUUUCGACAGCAAUGAUGCUGGCAUUAUUACCGCUCAAGGUACGUCGGUAGCAAUGUGGCGUCAUUCCGACGUUGGUUUCUUACUUUUUGAUCCUGGACCAUGCGGAGAGAAUGGUCUACGUCAUCAAAAUGGGGUCGCUUGUUUGCUCAGAUUCAAAUGCAUGAACGACAUGCGUAAUCAUUUUCUAAAGAAUAUGAACAGAUAUUACGAUUCGAGAUACUGUAUAGACAAAAUAACUAUUUUACGAGUAACCGAGGUGGGUCGUGGUUACAUCGAUAAAGUUACCGAUGGAACCGAUUUGGUAGUUGACAGAAGCGUUCUUAGAUCUAUCAAUCCCGUUGAUAUAGACGAAAAUAAGAUGGAUUGUACGAAGCCUGUUCCUAAAAGUGAAAAGAUCAAGGUAAUACCAGGUGCGAAAUUUCACAAAGAACCAUUGACCAUAACUAUUUCGAAUUAUAGUAUCGAUAAAAAGUUUGCUACGGAGCCAUUGGUCGACCAGAGUACUUUCGACACUGGUUAUCCUUACGAUAACAUGCAGGUUAAUGUACCUUCGACUUUUCGAGAAUUACCUAGAAAAAUGGCAAUUCUUCAUGGCUUGACUCAUGAAGCUAGCGACAUGUACAAAGGUAAAGGUGGUCAAAAUGUGGCUAAUUGUGUGAUGGCUAUUGCUAUGAAGAAGAUUCAUCCUGUGAAGACCUGGUUGAGACCUAAAUUAGACGAGAUAUUGACAUUAGGUGACCAACUUUAUUCAACUAUAAAGACUGAAAAGCCUUUCAUCAAGACGAUGACUGCUGCUGAUCUCAAUGAUACUUAUAUUCAAGUGGAAGAUCAUAAACUAGCGAUUGACGUUGAUCUCAUGACUAUUACUGGAACGGUUACUUCGAAACUUCUGGAUAUACUUAAUUUAAAGCAAGCACUACAUGAAUUUUUCUUGGUUAAUAGCGAAGGUAUCAUUGAAACUCCUUUGAUGGCUGUAGCUAUAUGGACUCAAGAUGAUUUUUAUUAUGCUUUCGAUCCACGUUAUUGCGAUAAUUUGGGUAAUAGAAUUAUUGAAGAAAGAGUUAAGGGUGGCAAAGGUGCUAACAGUAAUGCAACAAAACAAGUUCAUGGAAAAUGUUGCGUCAUAAGAUUCCCAGAAUCUGAUGAUCUCGCUGUGUGGUUUACCAAGAAUCUUGAACAAACUCGAAAGAACGAUCGAUUUACCAUACGACACAUUACAAUACCGGAAGAUAUUCCUGGCACUAGAGCUUGGAAUGAUUUCGAGCCAGGAACAUCAGGCAAAACUUGGAUUCUUCGUGGUGGAAUCUCUAACGAAGAUGAAUUAUUCGAAGAUAACAGUAGAGGUAUUCAAGGUUUGACUAUACCCGUAGUAUCUUUGAUUAUUGCCAAAGAAACACCGCCUGCAAAAUGGACAAACGAGGUCAUCGACGAAGUUAUUCGAGACGGUGACGCCUAUUACAAUGUUUGCUAUCCACCAGAAUUAAUGCUUGAAGAGCGGCCAUUACUUGUAAGUAAUUUGAAGAAAAAUUUUUACCUAAAAAAUAGAAAAGUAAAGUUUGAAUUAGACGAUUCUGUAAUAACCGGCGAUUUGAAUCCAACCCCUGGACAAGAGGUGUUAAAUUUAGAAGAAGGGAUUAAGAAAUUUUUUGAGAAUUAUCAAUAUGGUAUCGUCGAGGUAGGAAACUUGGCCGUUGGGAUUUGGAAAUUUGACGAAGAUAUGAAAUACAAGCUUUGCGAUAAAAAUGACGAAAAAGUGACGUAUUAUUAUUGUUUCGAUCCAAAUCCUCGUGGAAGAUUAGGCUAUGCGGGUGUAGCGGUGGGAGAAGAGGAAAAUGUUGCUUGUGUGAUACGAACGCUCAAUCCUGCUGAUCUGUCUUCUUUAAUCGCAGGAAAUGCUCCUAUAUCACGGGGUCGUGGAAACGAAUAUUUCAUUCAUAAUUUGAAAAGUUUGUCUGUAGGUACACCGAUGACGGAAGACGAAUUAGAAACAGAUAAGCAAACUCCAGAAGAACCAGAGGUAUAUCAUUACUCGAGGCUAGCCGAAGGUGGCGCAAUAUUACAAGGUAGUUUCAAUCAAGCAAACGAAAAGACGUUUAAGAGACUAAUGCGGGACAAACAACAAGCGGCGAGUUCUUUGGCUGCUUUAGCUAUGACGAAACUUUAUAAUCCGCAUUUAUGGUAUCGCGAGGUCGUCGAUGAUAUAUUGAAAAUAGGCGACAAGGUAGCAACAAAUAAUGUUAAUAAUUUACCAGAGGCAGAUAUAGACGAAGAGGCAAGAAAUUUUCUUUUGCCGAUGGAAGUAAGUGAAAACUUUGCCAUAGGUGUCAAUCAAAUGAAUAUAACUGUGGAAGAAGAGUUUCUUACUGGAAGACUCAACGAAAUCAAUAGGCUUCUUGAACAAUUUUUUGAAAAUAAUACUAUGUGUGUAAUCAGACAGGACAAUAUCAUGAUGGCGGUUUGGAAAGAAGGCGAGACGUUUUUCAUGAUGGAUCCUAGAGGUAGAGAUUCCCGUGGGGAACCUUCGGAAAGAGACCCAGCAGCUGUGAUGUGGUUCACAAAUCUUCCAUCUUUGAUUGACAAAAUCAGGAUAGGUUUUAUCGAAGGUGAAACAGAUAUAAUACUUGAGAACGUGACUUUGAACAAUGCAUUUCAAACACGUGUUUCUGAAAUGGAGCGUGUUACACGUACUACUUCUGGCGAUGAUCUUUGGCAUCAUUUUCCUAAAUUUGAUGAUGGUGUUUGGAGCAUUGGUGGGAACGUCAAAAUGUCAGACGCUAGAUUUGACGAAAGUAAUCGUAACAAUCAGACUGCAGCUAUCGCCACAAUGGCUAUCAUUUUCUCCAAAGUGUGCGAACCACGAUAUUGGACCACUGAUGUUGUCGACGAGGUUAUCAUUACUGGUGAUAAACUACACUCGAAAUGCGUCGAGAGACUUGGAGAAGGCAAAGUACCGCGUAUCAAUGAAAUCAUCACGGAAUUCUUUCUUUCUUCGCGUCGAAUCGAUUUAACGGUUAAGGAUUGCAUCGAAGCCGGCGAUCUAAGCGGGAAACCACCUAAACUACAAAACUUGCAGAAUGGAUUAGAUAAAUUUUUUCAAAACUACGACUCUGGUAUAUUAGUUGCGAAUGACAAUCGACACAUACCCAUUUGGAAGUUUCAGGACAUCUAUUAUACUCUCAUACCCGAUUGGAUCACUCGCACCGACGAGGAGGAAACAAUAGCACCAAGAGUAUUCCGAUUUAAUAAUACUACAACUUUGUUUGAAUAUCUAUUAAAUCAUCUUGGAAGAGAAGGCGAUUAUGAGAUCACAGCGAUCGACGUUGUUGAUUGGAAUAAAUUAGCACCAUGGAAAUUCGAUCCCAGUCCAGCAGUACGUCCAUCGAACCUGCCACCAUUAAACGCUUAUCGUAGACUCCAAGGAGAAGCUCGUGCGAUUCUACGAGGAAAAUAUCAUCAAGGCGACGACGUAUUCCCAGAAAUUUUACGUAACAAGCAGACGGCUGCGAAUUGCGUAGUCAGUCUUGGAAUGUCCGUAAUCAAGAACCCUAUCACAUGGACGAAAAAAACGAUGAAUGAGAUUCUUCUUAUCGGUAGUAACGUUCAUCGCGAAACUAUGAAGGCGAAGCCUGGAAAAUUGAGAGUGGUACCUCAGGACAUAAUUAGAAUCUUUUACGUAGGUGUUAAUAUCUUGACCGCAGAUAUAGAAUCUAACACGGUAUCAGGUAUAGUUUCUAUACCGCCAGUUGAUCCCGAGGAAAAGAAAAAGAAAAAGAAAGCUGUCAAAAAAAAAGCUGCAGGAAAAAAAGCUAGAGCGGUCAGGGUUCGAGCUCCUCCACCACCACCUAUUUUACUCGAGGAGGGUUUGAAAAAAUUUUUUGAAAAUAAUCGUGCUGGAAUAUUGGUUACUGGUCGUGGCAUGAUAGCCAUUUGGAAGGACAUGGGUGUUUAUUUCAUGUACGAUCCUCGUGCACGUAACAAUCAAGGUCUUCCGGAUUUCUACGGAACCUCCUGCGUCAUGUGGUUCGCCUGCAUGGAACCAUUUUACGAAUUGAUCUUUGCAAACAUCGACGAACAAGAAAAAUAUACUACUUAUCAGAUCUCUCGCGUGAUAAUAAAUACGGCAAUGAUCGAACCAUUGCCUUGUCCUGCUGAUUUCCGUCCAUAUUUCGACUGCAUAGCACCGCCUAUACCUCUUACAACGAUGAAGAGGACGACAACGUUGGCUGUUGAAGUUGUGACAGAUUAUUACGUCGUUGAUGAAGAACAAAGUGUUCUACGUGGUACCUUGCACAUGAAUCAUCCUCUAUUUGACACAAGAAAUAGAGGACUCCAAAGUACUGCUAUUGCCGUAGUUGCUAUCGUAGUUGGCUUGUUACACGUUCCUUCUUCUUGGACACCAGAGUUGAUCGAUGCUAUAUUGAAAUACGGAGAUCUGUUACAUUCUGAUAGCGUUCGUGCCGCACGUCCAGGUGCCAGAAAUCUUUCACCAAGCGAACUCUUGACUGUUUUCAUCGUAGGUGAUUUUCGGGCUACCAUACACAUCCACAAUCAUACCGCAGCUGGUCUCCUAUUAGUCUAUGAUUUAUCUGAAACUUUAAACAUGUUUUUUCGUACAAAUUGUGCCGGUAUAUUGCAUACUACCAAUAUGGCUGUUGCUGUUAUGCAACAUUAUGGAAAAUUUUAUCUUUUCGAUCCGUGCUCUCGCAACGAACAGGGUCUACCUAGUUUCGAGGGUGCUGCUUGUGUAAUAAAAUGCGACAAUAUCAUGAGAAUGGCCAAAAUAUUCAUCAUGAAUUGUAAUUUGAAAACACCCAAUGUUUAUACUUUGAAUGCCGUGAAUAUAUUGAGUUUGCAUUUCUUCUCGGAUGCUAAAUCAUCUUGUCCAAUUAAAUGCGAGCAGUAACGUGUUAUCGAUGUAUAUACUAAAUUAUAUUAAUGUAACUUGUAAAAUUAUAUUUAAUUAUAACGGGUGUAAUAAUUCUGUAAUAAAAAAUACCAUCACAUUGCUUAUCCAAUAUAUUUAUAUAUUGAGAUUUAAUUUUUUUUUUUUUGUCGACUUUCUAAAUAAAUUUUAACUACGAAGGUAUGUGAAUAAAGUAACGUCACGCUCGCGACAACAUUCUCAAAUGGCUAAUUUUAUUUAUAGGUUUUCUUUAUGACACAAAUCACUUUUAGCAUCUACAUGAGUAGGAGUACAGGCUAAUACGAGAAUGAAUUUGAUACAGAUCACUUAAUAGUGUAAAUACAAUGUUUCUUUCAAAUUACACGCUAUAAACUAGAUACUUAGAAAACACUGUACAACGCAGCUGAGAACUGUCGAUGAUACUUUACAAUAUGAUACAACCACUCAUUUUAUGUUUUCUUUUUUUCUUUUUUUUUUGAAGCGAGACGAUUCCUUAUAUAUCGGUGGUGUUGUCCGUUUCUUUUCUUUUUUUUGUUUUUUUAUGUUCUCUCUCUCCCCCUGUUAUUUCUUUUUGUUCUCUCUCUCUCUCUCUCUCUCUCUCUCUCUCUCUCUCUUUUAUAGUUUCUCCUUAAAGUUUACCGACCGUCACGAGAAUCUCGUUGUAACAUAAACAACACAUUAUCGCGAACGUACAGAACAUAUCCGAUAGGCCAUGUUUGAACGGGUCCAUGGGACUCACCAUUAAAAAAAAAAAAGAACCAACGUUCGCUUGCUUACCGUUUCGCGUCUUUUGUUUUUUUUUUCUUUUUCUUUCUUUCUUUCUCUUUUAUUUAUUUAUUUACUUUUUUUUUCUAACAUGGAAGAG